AACUUUUGAGGUUAUUUGUUCAGUGUCAGAAGAUGUGAAACAGCACUGAAAAACUGAUAAAUAAGUCAGUUUUUCUUGAAAUAUAUUCAGCAAUGACAUUUUUUUAUUUCUAAUUAAUCCCUUGCAGUUAGUCACAUGUGUUCAAACUGGUGCAGUUCCAUACAAGUCCCUGUCAUCGAACGUUUUUAUACCUGCACUUUAUUAUGCAAGAUCCAUUUCCAGAGAUAUAGUCACUUUUACUGAGUGUUACACUUAUAAUGCACAUUGAAUAAGAAGCUAGAAAUAUGCCAACCACCCUCAUCGCUUCAUCAGCGGACCCUGAUGCUGCAGGUGCAACAUCAGCAGAUGCUAAAAGUGAUAGUGGUAGCAGUCAAAGUGAUGUUACAAACAGUACAAAUGUCACACAAGGGCGUCCAAAAAUGGAUGUUGUUUGUGUCAUUGACCUAACACAAUUGGAACAUUUACCAGCUCGGAAAAGAGCAUUUGAAGAAGUGAAGCAGGCUUGUAGUCUAGUAAAGGCUGAUUUACAACAUGUGCAGUUUGAAAAGCUUGAUUUUGGUGAAACCAAUGUUUUGGACUCCUUUUAUAAUGCGGAUGUUGCUGUUGUAGACUUAACCAUCCAAUCUCAGUUGAGUUCACUAUUCUACCACCUUGGAGUCAGAGAAAGUUUUGGAAUGAAACAAAAUAUCUUAUUGUACGUUGACCAUGAUUCGGAAACAACAAUAAAGUUAAAGCUCUCUUGUGGAUCUUACACCUUCCUCUCUUAUCGCCUAAAUGAUAGCGGAGUCUGUUUAACAACAAAUCCCAAUGUCUUAUGUGAUGCUAGUGAUCAAGUAGAACCUCGUGUACCAAUAACUGUGAAGUUAAAAAAACUCUUGGAAAAUGUGGAAAUCCAAUCAAAGAAACACAUCAAGGAAAAAUUUCUUGUAGAUCUCCGCAAAGCGCGUGAAGCCUACACUGGAGAGGAACUUAGGACAGCUUUGUAUAAUUUAAGAAAAAGAUUAGAUGACCCUCAUGUACUGUCUGGAGAAGUGGUUUUGAAUAUUUUAAUAUCUUUCCGUGAUAUACAGGAUUACGAUGCUAUGGUACGAUUAGUCGAAGAUUUAAAAACAAUCCCCAACAAAAAAAAUUAUGUGCAGACUCCAGUGUUAAGAUUUCUGUACCCAUUUGCAUUAAAUAGACGAAACAAACCAGGAGACAGAGAAAAAGCUUUACAAGUCAUUGAAAAAGCUUUGGAGAAGAAAGAAAACCAUAUUCCUGAUAUGCUGUGUCUCUGUGGCCGCAUAAACAAAGACAAAUUCGUUGAAUCUCACUAUCAAGAUAUGAGUAGUUUACAAGAUGCAAUUCAUUGGUACAGGAAAAGCUUUGAAGUGCAACCGAAUGAGUAUGCUGGUAUCAACUUAGCUACACUUUUAGUUAUUGCAGGAAAUGAAUUUUCAAAGUCUGACGAACUACAACACAUAGGGGUUGUGCUAAACAAUCUAAUCGGAAAGAAGGGUAGCUUGUCUUCUUUAAAGGAUUAUUGGGAUGUAGCGACAUAUUUUGAAAUCAGUGUUUUAGCAGAAAACUAUGCAAAGGCUGUGCAAGCAUCUGAAUACAUGUUUAAAUUGAAACCACCUAAUUGGUUCCUAAAAUCAACAGUCGGAAACAUAACGAUGAUUGAUCGAUUUCGUAAGAAGAAUGAAGAUGCUGAGAAAUCACCAGAGGAACAAAUUUUUCAAUUCUGGAUGGACUAUUUUGUAGAAGCUACCAAAACAGAAGUGGGAGACACCAUCCGCUUUCCCAUUCUUAUUUUAGAGCCCACCAAAAUUUACAUGCCAAGCUACGUAACAGUGAAUCUCGGAGCUGAAGUGAAAAAUAUUCAAAUGUGGAAUCUCUGUAUUCAGUCAAUGAGGGGCCAAUGUCGACAAGUUCAUGACUGGCUCUUCACUGAAAGCCAAAUUAGGAGUGUCAGUUUGUACAAAAGAGAUGAGCGAUGCCUGUUUCUGUAUGUCCACGAAAACUCAGACGAUUUCCAAAUGUUUUUUCCUUCGGCUCUCUUUCGCCAACGAUUUUAUGAUCUCAUCCUUGAAAUGACUCGUGAUCAAGAAGGCAUGAUAACUGAUCUCGAAAACGUUCUGGAUCAGUUUAAAUUUGAAUAUGAGUUAGAUGAUCAAGAAAAAAGAAUUAUCCUUGGUAAAGGAACUUAUGGUGUAGUCUAUGCUGCAAGAGACCUGAACACGCAAGUGAAAGUUGCUGUGAAAGAAAUACCUGAGAGAAAUCUAGGUGAUGUGCAGCCUCUACACGAAGAAAUCAAGCUUCAUUCACAGCUACGGCAUCGCAAUAUUGUUCAAUAUCUUGGCUCAGUCUCUGAAAAUGACUAUUUCAAAAUAUUCAUGGAGCAGGUACCUGGAGGUAGUUUAUCUGCUCUAUUGCGUUCCAAGUGGGGUCCUCUAAAGGGAAACGAAUCAACCAUUAUUUACUACACAAAACAAAUACUUGAAGGUUUGAAAUAUUUGCAUGAUCAAAAGAUUGUUCAUCGUGAUAUCAAAGGAGAUAACGUUCUUAUAAAUACAUUCAGUGGUGUGGUCAAAAUAUCGGAUUUUGGCACAUCAAAACGCCUUGCUGGAUUGUGUCCAAGUACCAAAACGUUUACCGGAACAUUGCAAUACAUGGCACCAGAGGUCAUCGACAAAGGACAAAGAGGAUACGGUGCUCCUGCGGACAUUUGGUCUCUGGGUUGUACCAUUAUUGAAAUGGCAACUGGUAAACCACCUUUUAUUGAACUAGGAUCUCCUCAAGCAGCUGUUUUCAAAGUAGGAUACUAUAAAAUGCAUCCUGAUAUUCCACCAGAGCUCUCUGAAAGGGCGAAAUCGUUUCUUCUACGUUGUUUUGAACCUGACCCUGACAAUCGUGCAACAGCCGCAGAUUUAUUGGAGGAUCCUUUUCUUGUAGAAAAGAAGAAAACAUCCAGAGCUCUGGUAAUUCCACAAGAGUUCAAUAGAAGUGCCUCGGUUCCGGGAGAAAGACCUUCACGUGGAGUGAAUGUCAGAAUCAACACUGGCCAUUUUAAUAAUGCAUCCCAUGUCUCCUUCAACACUCCAACACUAACCAACUCUGUCAAAUUGGCAAAUCACAUCAAUGAUGAGAGUUGCUGGCCUAGCACUAAAUCACAUCCGAUCUCAACUCACAAAAAUCGCUCCUCAACUUCUCCAUUUCUUGCGCCGAUAACCAUGCCUCCUGCUUGGCAGUCAUACAACAGUUUGGCAACAGUUACUUGUGAUACUGAAACUGAUGGAAGCAACAUUACAAGACGCAGCUCCUCUGGUGGUCUCCUGUCCCCAGACGUUGAUAUCGGAGGUCCAAAUAAUGUACCUGAACAAGAUGGGUUUUACCUCUUAAAAAAGGAUUCGCAAAGACGCAUGACUCUGUCUAGAAUUUUAACACAAGAUGAAGAAAAUAUUUGUCAUGAGUGGUUAAAGUGUGUCCGUGGAGAUCUGGGAAACACCGUACUUACUGUGAGUCACUUGAAGAUUUUAUUAAGGGGUCUGAGAACUUAUAUCACCGAUCAAGAUCAAUCUGAAGUUGAAUCUGCCCUCCAUGUUCUGAAAGAGGAAUUGGAGUUUGAUUCUUUGGCGAUAAAUCAGCUGCAAUUUGCUAUCUACUUAUUUCAGGAAGCUGUGAAAGUAGUUCUGAAAUUGCAUAGUGUAAAACCUCAUUGGAUGUUUGCUUUAGACAAUUUAGUACGGAGUGCAGUUCAAGCUGCCAUAACUGUUUUAUCGCCAGAAUUAGGAGCCAAUCUAGUCGGGCAUGAUCAAAGGGAAGCUGAAGUAGUGAGCGGAAUACCGCAAAGUACAGGAUCUCCGUCUCUUGUUUCUGUGAAUUCCAUCAAAUCAACCAAAACCAACGAAGACAGCUUUGCAGGCUCUCUAAAAUCAAGGCACGAAGACCGCGAUCAAAUUAACAUAUUGAAGUUAGAAAAUAAUAGGUUAACAGAAGAGGUAUUGGAAAACUUAAGGCUGGGGAAUAAGCUUUUGGAAAGGCUUUUGGAUGACCAACAACUUCAUUUUAAACUCCUGAAACAGAUGAGAGAGGAGCAAGCCUCGUGCAGUCAUUCUGCGAGUGUGAAAUCAGACCCUUUUGAUCCCAUCUGGAUUUCUGACACUCAUGAAACUGUUUUCAAUGAUUCUGCAAAGGAAAAUUUAGUUCAAUGGUUAGAAUCUCUUAGUAUUGAGGAAGAGUCCAUUAACAAGUUUUUAAGGGAAAAAUUUAUACUAGAGGAUAUUCUUUGUAUUGCAACUCGUGAAGACAUCCGGAGACUCAAUUUAAGAGGAGGUGAAGAAUUACGUGUGUGGAGAGCUAUAAUGAAAUUUCGUCUGGAAAGGAGGUCGGCAUCUUCAUCCCUGAGUCUGCAAGAGCAUGAUGGUCCAAUCUCAAAUUUCUCCAACCCAAGGUCUUAAAAAUAAAUUCAAGCAAUGUCUUACAUCUAAAACACACACAAUUUCUCGGAGCAUUUUAAAAUAUUUUGCUAUUGAUGAAUAAAAUACAACAGAACGAACAUUAGAAUACUCCAAUUACUUUUCUCAAAUAUUUUGUGAGGAAGAGUAAUUUUUUUUAAAAUUGUCCAUUGUUUUUUUUUUUGUAAAAUUGUAUCUAGUGCCAAAUUAGCCCUUACCAAUGCUUUUUAUUGUAACAACCAUUUAAUAUUACCACCUAUAACCAUCUAUUAUUAUCGUAGCCAGUAAGUUCUUUAACUUGAACCGUCUUACUGAGAAGUGAAAACACUGAAAUGAUCCAUUUCUAUUUCCUCGUGCCUUAUUAGUUUUUACGAUUUCACUCAAGAAAUUGCUUGAUAGCUGUACGUAUAGCUUUAAUCUAAAAUAAUCGUUAUCUGUGUUCAAUUCUAUUUUUGUUAAUUAAUCUAAAUCAAUAACACGGUUUUUUUUUUAUCAAUCAAACAAUCAACUAUUUUUGUAAAACAUUUUUUAUUUUGAACUUUAUUAAUACUUUUUUAAAUAUUUUUUCAUUGCUUUUCUAGGAUUCUAUAACUCAAGCAUGAAAAAGUGUGCCUUUUCUCGGAAAAUUGUUUGUAAAAUUUCCACUCAUCAAUUUUUUCAUAACUUACCAAAUGUUCUUAUUGUCAUAUUCUGCCUGAAAUAGAUCUGAUUAUACCUAAGUUUUGAAUUUCUAUCAAUUUUAAGUUUUCCGUUUAAAAUUUGCACUAAAAAUAUUUAGGCCAUUUUUAAAAAAAGGAAUACUAGGAUUUGUUUGCCUUUUUUUUUAAAAAAAUCAAAUUUUUGAUUUUUUUCUCUUUUGGUAUAAUCACCUUUGUUUUGCACUUGGGAAAACCUUUAAUGAACCAUCAGUUACCUUGAAGCUGUUUUCCAUGAACCCUUAUUUUGAUAAAGCUGUUUUUUGUUGACCAAUUUUGUUGUAGAGUAGAAGUAAUGUCAAAGCUUGUUAUUCUCUAUUAUCGUUAACAAUAGUUAUUUUACAUCUGGAGAACACCAGCGGAAGAGGAGGUCAGAGAGCAAGUUCAUUAGACAUUGAAAAUAAACUCUGGCGCACUAACAUCAUGAAAUCUAUAUUAUAUUGUUUUAACAACCAUUAUGGAUCUACAAAAUAUCAAGUGUAAUUUUAUUGGAAACCUUUAAAGAUUUUUCAAAAUUCUCCUUAUUUUAAUUUCCUCCUCUCUACUAGGUGAGCUCAUUUCUCAGUAAGCCCCUUCUCCACCAGUGUCCUCUUCGUUUUUAGUCUUGGCUCGAAAAUACCACUAAUUCACGAGAACCAGAGCUCCAUUCAGCCCCUCUCGUCCAAAGCAAAAAAGAAAAUACUCUAUUUACAUCGUUGAAAGUUGGAUUCAACAAAUACUAGUAAAAUGGACGAAAUAGUAAAGGACUACAUCAUUGAAGCUUCAAUCAGGAAUCAAAGUUUUCCAAUAAUGUCAAACCAUUUAAACACAAAUUAUAUGAAGACCUCUAUUUUUAUUAAGUUAAGUUGUUUAAUUAUAUCUCUAUAGAUCAGUAACCUUCAUCAACCUCGGUUCAAAUAUAAAUAUUGAUCCAAAUAUUACUCCCGAAUUUGGUUCAUACAAACUGUCAAUUUUGCUGUAAACUGUUAAGUAUCAGUAUGUUCCAUCGGAUUCAUAAUGUUCCCGCAAUGUUUGGCUAAAAAAAUUCAUUGUAUAAAAACAAUAUCUGCAGAAAUAUAUCAAGAAACCAACACUUAGGAAUAAGUAGCCUCUUCCAAAGCCUUUUUUCAGAUUUUCUCAUUGUUUUCAAGUAAAUUUCGAGAUGAAAUAUUAUUUUUAUUUUAAUGUUUUAAGAUGCAUAGCGUUAUGCCUCUUCUUUGUUUGGUCAGUGUACCUGGUUACCUUAGUGCGAGGAGAUAAGAGGAACAAACAAAUGAGUUACAGUAUCAGUGGACCUGAGUUAUGUUUUCUUUUUUCAGGAUUUUUUAUCUCUAGAAAUCAAAUGGGUACUAAUAUUUCUUUCACAGCUUAUUUCCUUAAUGGGGUCAUACUCAAAAACUUUCUAUUUAGUAGAGUUUCUUUCUUUUCCAUAUUAGAAAGAAUGCGAUAUUUGUUAAAAUAACCUUCUCUCAGAACUGCUGAUGUGUAUAUGAAAAAAAAAUUUCGAAAAGAAGAGGAAGGUAUCCGUCAGUUUUACGUAGUUUCUUAGCGAUUCCUACUUUUAAUACUUUUUAGAAAUAUGAAGUGCCAUUCAUAAUCGUUGUUAUUAUAUAUCAAUAGGUCAUGAUUAAAAAAUGUAUAACUCGAUCUGUACCAUGGCAAAUGUCCCUUUAUGCCUUUAUGUUUUAGUAGAAUACUGACUAGCAGUUUUCUUGAAAUUUUCUGUGAAUUUUUCUCCCUGAUUUAAUAUUUGUAAAAAAUUUUAAGCACAUGUUUUGGUUAAUUUUUUUAAAAAAAAGUUAAACAUAAUGGAGAUUUUUAAUUGUUGCAAUGGAGUUACUAAUUUUUCAAAAUCGGCCAUCGAUAUGCAAGCUUGUAGCUUUUUGCUGACAGCAGUACUGAUAGGCUUCCUUGAUAAGCUCACAGUAACAGCAACUUGCAGCAGUUGUCAGUAACUGUAGGCUAAUUUUGUCCAGCAUUAUUGUUUCUCUCUUUCUCCUCAGAACUAGUCAUCUCAAGUUAAAUUACUUGCCUAGUUUAACUUUUUUGUCCUCUCUAUGUGAUAUCUAGUGCCUCAGGCAAUGUAUGCUUGUCAAUUCUUGUAUUUUUUUGUUCAUUUAUCUGUCAACUAAUUUCAUUCAUCGAGUGCCUUGAAAAUCAAUGCUGUUUAUACGCUGUUGAGUUUAGUUGACAAAUGUCUGUUCUUGUAAAUUGUAUCGCUUGGUGCUAAAACUGUUUUAAUCUCAGCUCAUGUAACGCUUCCAUUCACUCUGUGAGAAUAAAGUUCAGAUUUUAUUGAAAAUCAAGUA